GUGCGUCACAACUUCCUGGAAACCAAGAUGCGGCCUUGCAGAUUUUGUCACUGCGAUAGUGUCACAACCGUGUAAGAUGCCGUCACAAAACUACAUCAAAAUGAAGGCCGAGUUUGAAGAUGGGUGUGGUCCGAGCAAGGGGGUAGGAACUAGGAAAGGUUGGAGCGGUCUCAGAUGUGUUUGGGGAGUGAGUUCCAGAUGGAGGGGGCAGCUGUGGAGAAGGCUCUGUUGCCCCAGGUCCGGCGCUUUGUUCUGAGUGGUGGAGAGAGGAGGUUGGCAUCAGAGGAGUGGCGGCUACAGGAAGGAGCGUGAUGGUGGAAAAGAUACAUCAUAGUACAGGUGCAGGAGACUGCAAAAUCUUGUCAGCAAAGUCCUCGCGCCCCUCGUCGAUUCUGGUAAAAUGGGAACCAUAUACUGGGGCAACAAACUAUUUUUUGGACCUUCGGGUGAUAAACAAUACAAAUAUUGCACCGAUUGUUGUGACCCUGUCAGCGGCCUCGACAGAGAAGGAUGUCAGGGCUCUGAGACCAGGAACCGAGUAUAGUGUGACUCUCAAAGUCCUUCAGUUCUACUCCGUGGUGUGUGUGGCUGAAGAUGUAGCGCUCACAGUCCCCGCCACAUCGCAGAUAGUAGAUGGCCAGGCGAUGUCGAGUACUUCAAUCAUGGUAGUGUGGACUGAGGUAUCCUCGACGGAGCACUACUUCCUGUUGAUGACCUCUGUGGAAACCGGACAGACGGUCAACGUGACCUCCUUCAACACCACCGCUGUGGUGGGAAACCUGCAGCCCUCCACCAACUACGAGUGCUACGUCUACACAAUUAAUCAGGCCGGCAUCGGAAGCAAAAGCAAAGUGAGGACCAUCUUGACCUUGAAUCCGCCUCCGGUGGAGGUCGCAGCAACACAGACCGGCCGGGACACGGCGAGGGUAACGUGGCUGCCGGUGGAGGGCGUUCUGUUAUACCAAGUCGUCAUCCAGGAUCUAGAUGAACCCACCAGUCCGUCUGUGUACAAAAUCACAGACACUAAGAAGGAUGUUGAAGGCAUCCUCCCAUGUUCCACCUAUCUGAUAUCAGUGUCCUCAUUCAACAAGUUCCUGAUGCCGAGCGAGCCCACAAACUACACGUACACCACCAACAAACUGAGACCAGUUUCAUCAGUUUCCGUGGACUACACCUGCGCCACUCACUCUGCCAUGGUACACUGGUCGGCCGUGUUCGGGGCCGAAUCCUACAAGGCCAUGGCGAUGGGUGAUAAUGGCACUCAGCUGAUGUGCACCAGCGAGAGCACCAGCUGUGAGCUCACCGGACUGAGCUGCGGCCAGAGCUACGUGGUGCAUGUGACGCCCAUGUCAGAGAACUGCAACCACAUGAUGAACUCCACCUCGGCCACCUUACAGACAGUUCCCUGUCCGCCCAAGGACCUGGAGUUGUUACGAGAAUGUUCCAGCGAAGUCAUCGUCUUUUCCUGGGAGUACACCAACAAUACAGACCACUACAUGGCCCAGGCAGUGGACGAUCAGGGAGCGGUCCAGGAUUGUCUGACUGAAGAAAACUCCUGUGCUUUCACACACACAGUGUGUGGACGGCACUAUUACUUCACCGUCUACUCCAUCGCAGGGCAGUGCAAGAGCCAGAUCAGCUCUACUGUUGACAUUCGCACAGCACCCUGUAUUCCCCAGAAUCUGCAAACCUCAGCCGACUGCAACUCAGAUGUUCUGCUCAGCAAGUGGGACCUCGCUGAGGGGGCUCAACAUUACACUGUGGAGGCCUUUGGCAACAGGAUGAAUAGCUACUACAACUGCACCUCCAUGUCCAACAGCUGCGCUAUAGAGGGUGUCCAUUGUGGAGAGCAGUUGACCACCUAUAUCACAGCUUUUGACGAGGAAUGUGCCAGCCCCAGGAUGCUGGGGCCUCCUGCUGGGACAGUCCCAUGCGUUCCUAUGAACGUAUCAGCAGCGAGGGAAUGUGACGCACACUCCAUCACAAUGACCUGGUUGAUCUCCGGGAGUGCAAUUUUCUACAUCGCCAUGGCAAAGGACAGUAAUGGCGUCAUUCACAGCUGCAAAUCCUCGAAUUUGAUGUGCAAAAUCGAGGGGUUGAAGUGCAGCACCAACUACACGACGUACGUCAUCGCCUCCAACUUCAUGUGCAACAGCUCUGAGAGUGAGAUGGUCACCAUAGAGACAGCUGCUUGCCCACCGGAUAACGUUAUUGCCUCCCUGGACUGUGAAGCCAAUGAGGCUCUGAUUUCGUGGCGUGGCCAGCCCGAAAUCAACUCCUUCACAGCCAUGAUCGUGGAUGAAGAUCAAGUACUUCUCAGCUGCAGCUCAACUAACCGGAGCUGCAGGGUACCCAACCUGAAAUGUGACCAGCUCUACACCGUCACUGUCAGGCACCACGAUGGCAUGUGCCCCAGCCUGUCCUCUAUGGCCAUCUCCAUGCAGUCUGUUCCUUGUGGGCCCCACGUGGAUGCCGACUUAGACUGCCAGUCACAAGCACUGACCCUCAGCUGGAACGCAACAAGUAACACAGACGGCUACAAAAUUGUGGCCUCAAACGGCAACAACACAAUGACCUACAGCACCACGGAGCCUGGGUUGACGAUCACCUCACUGGAGUGUGGACUCGAUUACACGCUGAAAGUGAUGUCCUUCAACAGCACCUGUGUCAGUCGACCCACAGUGUUAUCUAUAAUGGAAACGCCAUGUGUGCCCACUAAUGUGAUGACGAUGACAAACUGUGGCAAGAGUGAUGUGCAGGUGACUUGGAGUGCAAGCCGUGGCGCCCUACGCUACAAAGCAGUUGCAAUGGAUGAAGACGGAAAACGCUUAAUGUGCUCCUCCAAUGAGACGUCAUGCAUGUUGGAGGACCUCAUGUGCAGCCGGGUUUACAGUGUUGGGGUGACUGCCAUGGACGACAACUGCACCAGCAACGAGAGCUCCGUGGAGACACUACGGACAGAGCCCUGCCCUCCUUCUGGGUUCACCGCCUGGGUGAUCUGCGCCAAUAACUCUGCCAUGUUAACCUGGCUCAACAGCCCCAACGCAGUGUCCUACACUGGCAAGGCAGUGGGCGCAGACGGACAACCUGUGACAUGUGACGCAGGGAUGAACCUUGGUUGCCAAUUGGAUGGUCUGAGCUGUGGCGAGGAGUACACCUUCACUGUGUCAGCCUCAGAUGGCGACUGUCAAAGUCCUGACAGCAUGGCGGUCAUCCGUAUGACUGCCCCGUGUGCUGUGGAGAGUGUGAUCAACACCCUGAACUGUGACACCAACACACUGACCAUCGACUGGGCGCCUGGAUCCAUGGCGUUAAACUACAGCGCCGUCGCCUUGGCUGGAGACGGCACUGCACUUCGCUGCUUAACGGAGGAUUCAAGUUGUACGAUGACUGAUUUGCCGUGUGGACAGCAGUACAAUGUAACGGUCAAAGCCAUCAGCAGCACAUGUGAAGGACACAGCAGUGUCCCGGAAAUAGUUAACUCUGUUCCUUGUGUUCCUGUGAACCUCAGAGGCGUCGUGGAGUGCGCCACUGAUACGUUGCAGGUGUCCUGGGAUGCAGCUGCUGGCGCAGAGUCCUACAUCUCCACGUUGAACGGAGACGGAGGUUUCUCUUCUUCUCGCUCCACAUCUGACCAGAGUUGCUCCUUCCCUCAUCUGCAGUGCGCUCAGACAUACAUGUUCAGCGUGGUGGCGGUGAACGACAGGUGUAACAGCUCUGAGAGUGCCGUGAUGUCAGCCAGAACUGCACCCUGUGACCCUACAAAUGUGACCGCUGUCCUGGACUGCCUCUCUGGUGUGGCGACGGUGACUUGGUGGGCCAGUGCUGGAGCAAAUCAUUACACAGUCCUUGCUGAGGCCGACGGACACUCCGACUCCUGUAAAUCCACCGGCACUUCCUGUGAGCUGACCGGGCUGCAGUGUGGGGAGAACUACAAUGUGACUGUACUGGCAGGGGACGGGAAGUGCAACAGCUCCAUGCUCGCCAAAACCAGCGUAACAACAGCCCCCUGCGCUCCAGUGAUCCAGGACUACUCCCUGGACUGUGUUUCCAACGACGCUGUGGUCACCUGGUUUGAGGACGAGGAUGCCAUGAGCGUCUCGGUCAACGCAACCUCCAACCAGGGACACCGGACGUCCUGCAGCUCCUCCACCAACAACAGCUGCGUCCUGGAUGAGCUGCGGUGCGGAAACACCUACACUGUCCACGCUGUUGCACGAGGAGUCCAGUGUUUGAGCAAACCCAGCUCUUCUUUUCAGAUUGUCACAGCGCCAUGUGACCCUGCAAACGUGGAGUACACAUACUCCUGUGAGACUGGCAUCGCCUUCCUAACCUGGGACGAGACUUUGGGAAGAAAGCAUUUCUACGCCGCCGUCUAUGCUGACGACCACAUGGCCUCCUGCAACACCACCGAGACCUUCUGCUCCCUGCCCUCGCUGCUCUGUGGUCACAUGUACGACGUGAAGGUGAUAGCUGUGGCUGACCACUGCAACAGCAGCGCGCCAGGUGUAAUAAAAUUACAGACAGCCCCCUGUGCUCCCUUGAAUGUCAAUGCCUCCCUGGUGUGUGACAACAACACGGCGAUGGUGAGCUGGCAACACAGCCCCGGUGCAGUGUCCUACAAAGUGAAGGCGUACGGCCGAGACGGUGAUGCCAAACAAUGCACCACAAACACCACAAUGUGUCUCCUACCCAACAUGAACUGCGCCGUGACCUACAUUAUCAGCGUCAUCCCCUCCUCUCUUCGCUGCGAGGGCUUCGAAAGCAUCGCAUACAAUUUCAUUGCAGGCCCCUGCCCUCCCACCAAUGUGGAUGUGUCCCUGCAGUGUGUCGGUAACGUGGGCCAUGUGACCUGGACCCCCGCCCUAUACGCAGAUCUCUAUGUGGCCACAGUGGAAGGCCACGAGUACACCUGCACCUCUAACGGAACGAGCUGCUCCCUCACAGACCUCCACUGUGGCCAGACGGCCGCCGUCACGGUGGUCACCAUGGAGAGGGGCUGCACGAGCGAGCCCAGCCUGCCUUUUACUUUCCAGUCAGUCAUCUGCCCACUGACCGGAGUGACCGGAGUGACAACUUGUAGCAACAAUGACAUCACAGUAAGCUGGGACCCGAGUCCAGAAAGUGGCGUUGACUACUUCAUCCACUCUCAAGAAGAUGGCGGGGCCAGUGCCAACUUCUCCACAACCCAGCGGUCCCAUGUGCUCACCGGGCUGCAGUGUGGCGAGUUGUAUAUGCUGAAGGUCGCUGCCAGGGACAACGAGUGCACCAGCGUCUUCAGCGAUUCUAUACAAACUGAAACAGCUCCGUGUCCUCCAACCGGCCUGACUGCCAGAGCCGACUGUGGCACCAACUUGGGAACGUUGACCUGGGCGCCGAGUGUCCACGCCAUCUCCUACACAGCUACAAUGACUGGUACCCAUGGCCAUGUAGUUUCCUGUUCAUCCAACACAACAACAACCUGCUCGGUGAAGCUGGAUUGUGGACGCCAGUACUCAGCAGUUGUGGUUGCUUCCAGUGCGACGUGCAGCAGCAGCAUGGGAGCACCCUUAGUUUUUGACUCAGCUCCCUGUCUGCCUGACAGGGUGGUAGCAAACCUGGACUGCGAUGCCAACUCCUUUGCGGUGCAGUGGAGGGCGAGCGCCGGCGACAUCUCUUAUACUGCGAUUGCCAUCGGCAGUGACGGCACCCGUGCAACCUGCGACUCCACAAGCACAAACUGCAACAUCCAGAACCUAAAAUGCGGCCUCACCUACGGCAUUGUCGUCACCACAUCAUCAAUUGACUGUGGCACCAUCGAGGGCUCCGACUACAUGAUCCAGUCAGCCCCAUGUAAACCAGAAGAGGUGUUGGUGGAUCUGCAGUGCAGCACUAACAUGGCGUCGGUGACCUGGGGAAACUCGGGGCCAGACCAGACCCAGGUGGUGUCGGCGAUGGAUAGCAGAGGAAUGAUCACCACCUGCAACUCCAGCAGCUCCAACUGCACCUUCAACCAGCUGACCUGCGGGGAGAGCUACGCCAUCAGUGUGGUCGGCCACACAAACACGUGCAGCAGUGAACCAGCUGUUGCAGACACACUCAACACAGCUCCGUGUGUUCCCACCCACCUCACAGCACUAGUGGACUGCCUGUCUGGUAUCACCCAGGUUACAUGGGACCCAGCACGUGGUGCCAUAUCUUACACCGUCUACGCUCGGGGCAAUCUCGGCCACAGCGAAGAAUGUAGUAGCACUGACACCAACUGUGUUUUCAGUAACCUGGCGUGCGGGCAGGACUACAACAUCACAGUGAUGGCGCACCACGACUCCUGCGACAGUUUGGUCAGCGAGACCAUCAGCGCCAGCACAGGUCCUUGUCCCCACAGCGGUCUGCAGACCACCCUGGACUGUGACAUCAACACGGCCGUGGUGUCUUGGACGCCAGGCAGCGGCAUCCUCUACUACAACGCCACGGCUGACGCCUUUAACAUCGCACACCAGCAGACCUGCUCCACCAGCGGCUCCUCCUGCAACAUCAGCUCUCUGCGCUGUGGGGAGAGCUACAGGGUGAGCGUCAGUGGACAGGGACAGAACUGCCCCAGUCCCGCCCUGGACUGGUUCCGCAUCAACACUGCUCCCUGCCCUCCAACCCAGCUGAGGAUCAACUCUUCCUGUGAAUCAAACAACAUCUCGGUGUGGUGGCAGGCCUCGCAGGGCUCCGUCUCCUACAUGGCCGUGGCUGAGGAUGCACAAGGCCGCCAGUGGUCCUGUGACGCCAGCAGCACCCACUGCCAGAUAUCUGGUCUGCUCUGUGGACAAAAGUACUACGUCUACGUCGCAGGUGUUGAUGAUAAGUGCACUGGAGCCAAGAGUGACGUUGAAAUGAUUCGUACAGCUCCGUGUGUCCCACAGAACGUACAGACCGACCUUGACUGUCUGUCCGCUGUCCUCAACGUUACCUGGCAGUCGACGGGUGACGUUUCUCAGUUCCGCACCUCCGUGGUGAGCAGCAAAGGUCACGUCAGCAUCUGCCAGACGACUAAGCAUCACUGUGUGGUACGCAACAUGCAGUGUGGUCUGACCUACAACGUUACAGUGGUGGCCCAGGACGAGGCCUGCAACAGCUCCCACAGCCCCACAGAGCAGGUCCUUACAGCUCCCUGUCCUCUCCCGACCUUCCUCCCGGUUGUCAACUGUUCCACCGGCAUUGUGUCUAUAACCUGGAACAACACCAUGGCGGGAGUCAUGCACACGGUGUCGGCGGUUGACGCCACAGGUCGCCAACACAACUGCAGCGGCACAAACAGUGGCUGUGAUCUUACCAUGCUGGGGUGCGGGAUGGAGUACAAUGUCACCAUCACACCGUCCCGAGACGGAUGUGUGGGCGGAGACAGCUCCACACAAAUGAUCAAGACAGUUCCCUGCGUGCCUCGCCUGUCUGACGUGGAGAUCGACUGUCUCACAAACUCAGCCUGGGUGAUGUACAAUGAGUCUGCUGGGGCUGAGAAGUACGUCGUCAUGGUGAUGGACAGCCAGGGUGAUGUCCAGAUGUUUGAGUGUAACUCCACGUCAGAUGGGACGUGCGCUCUGCCGCCGCUGAUGUGCAGCCAAAACCUCACCUUCACAAUCAAGGCCUGCGACCAGCAGUGUUCCAGUGCACCCAGCAAUGCUAUCACAACUGAGACUGCUCCCUGUCCUCCUGAGAACAUAGAUCAGUCAGUGGGCUGCGACAAUCACACGGUCAGCAUCGCCUGGUCGCCCGUUCCUGGUGCGGUAACGUACACGGCCACGCUGGAGCAGAUAAACGGAGGGAUCUACUGCUGCUACACGACGGACACCGGCUGUGACAUCGGCGAUCUGCCGUGUGGAGAAAUGUACAUUCUGUUCGUCAUAGCCGAGGGACGAACAUGCAACAGCUCACAGAGCGAAGGGGUCAUCCUCAAGACAGCACCAUGCGAUCCUCAGAACCUAGAAGCCAGUCUGAGCUGCAGCGACAACGUGGCCUCCAUGUCGUGGGAACACAGCAGGGGAGGACAGCUUUACCGAGUGUGGGCUGUGGGUACCGAUGGUGCCGUGGACGAGUGCAGCUCCUACGAGAACCAUUGUUAUCUGACAGGUCUGCACUGUGGACAGUAUUACACAGCUAUUGUGAUGGCAGAGGACCGGGACUGCAAGAGCAAUCGGAGCGACAGUGUGACAUUCAAGACAGUGCCGUGCACCCCUGCAAACGUCUCCUCUGUGGUGGACUGUGAGGACAGUACUCUGAUCGUAUCCUGGUCUGAGAGCUCAGGAGCCGACUCCUACAUCGCCACAGUGAAGGACGGUUACGGUCAGACCACAACCUGCCUGGGCACAACCGAGGGCUCCUGCAAUGUGACAGGAGUCGGCUGCGGUCAGAUCUACCACGUCUCUGUGAUCUCCUCUGAUGGAUACUGCGACAGCCCGCCCUCUCCUGAGGUUGAGACACCUUCAGUUCCCUGUGAGCCGAGACAUAUCGAGGCAGUGAUGGACUGCUACUUGCAGACGGCCGCAGUGUCGUGGUACCCAAGUGAAGGAGCUUUGUCAUACAUGGUCAUGGCCACCACGGAGUCGGGCCACAACGCCACCUGUGAGACCAACAACACCAACUGUGAUCUGGAAGGGCUGCUUUGUGGCCAGAGCUACUCUGUCUCUGUGAAAGCUGUGGGAUGGACCUGCUGCAGCUACGCUAACAUGACAGGAUGGCUGGUCACUGAGCCGUGCAUCCCGGAUCACGUCGUCAUCCAGUACAGCAUGACGAUCGGCCAGGUGCUGUGGGACAUGACUGCCGGUGCUGAGUACUACAAAGUUGAAGGUGUAACAGAUCAGGGCCUGAUGGUCUCCUGCGUCACCAACGACACCUACUGUCCCAUUUACGACAUGGUUUGCGGCCAGAUGUACAACAUCAGCGUCACAGCAGACAAUCACGUGUGUAAAGGCGUGUCCACCUCGACAGAAUCAGUUAUGAUUUCGACAGAGCCUUGCCCACCCAACAACGUGCAGACCAACGUGCAGUGUAACAACGACAUGGGAAUGGUGUCGUGGGAGACCAGCUAUGGUGCGGUGGGCUACGAGGCCAGUCUCGACGGACGCAACGGCCACUCUCUGUCCUGCUACACUGCCGACACGUUCUGUUACGUAGAAGGCCUCCACUGUGGAAUCAUCUACUACACCAACGUCAUCGCCGUCGGAGAGAUGCUCAACAGCAGCAGCUCCACUACUGUCCUGCUGGCCUCAGCUCCCUGUACAGCUGAAAACGUGGCAGCUUAUUUCGAUUGCUACAACGACACAGCCGAAGUCUCCUGGAGCUCGGCUGAUGGAGGAAACUCCUACAUGGUGACUGCCGUAGGAGAGUAUGGCCACAUGGCUUCGUGUGAGACCGAUGAGCAGCAGUGUGACUUGACUGAGCUGGAGUGUGGUCAGAUGUACAACGUCAGCCUCACGACCAUCAGCAACCACUGCCACACUGAGACGCCCACUAACGUCACCUUCAGCACACGGCCCUGUAAACCUAUGCGUGUUGGAGUGGACCUGCAGUGUGGGACGAGAACGGCCAACAUGUACUGGGAGGAAAGAGAGGGAGUGGAGCUCUACAUGGCUACCGCCACCUGCAGCAUGGGGAUGAUUCUGCAGUGCAACUCCACCAACUCCACCUGCCAGUUCUCCAACUUGUACUGCGGGGAAACCUACCAAUUCUCUGUAACUGCAUACAGUUACAUGUGCUACAGUGAAAUCAGCAGCACUGUGGAGAUUCAGACAGGGCCCUGCCAGCCAACUGACCUCACAGUUAGUGGGUCAUGUGACAAUGACACGGUGAUGGUGGAUUGGGUGGCAGCUGAAGGGGCAUCAGUCUACGUGGUGACAGCCACAGGAGACCUGGGAUACACCACAUCUUUCCAAACCAACGGGACAAUGGUAGAGGUCGAGCUACCCUGCGGACAACUAUUUAACUUCACUGUAAAAGCUCAAGAUGAUCGAUGUGACAGCGAUGGGAACCUGUCCGAAGAAUUCAAGACAGGUCCCUGCGUGCCCCAGUACGUAGAGAGCUUUACACAGUGUGUGGACAGCGUGGGCUCGGCCCGCUGGGCCGAGAGCGACGGGGCCGACUUCUACCUGGCCAUCGCAGUGGGACUGGACAGCCACACCCACGUGUGCACCACAAACACCACCGAAUGCACCUGGGACGACCUGCACUGUGGCGAGCAGUACACAAUUCACAUCAUCGCCAACGACUAUAUGUGCAGCAGCAUGCCGAGCAACAGCACUUCAAUACGAAUGGCACCCUGUAUUCCUCAGAACGUGCAAUCAUCUCUGAACUGCACUAUGAAGGUGGGAUCGCUGACCUGGAACGCCAGCGACACUGCUGAGUUUUACAUCGUGACGGCAAAGAGUGACAGUGGCCACAAAAUUGGGCUCAGCACCAACGACACCUGGGCCUCCAUUUCUGAGUUCCAAUGUGGGCAGGAGUACGACCUGUAUGUUCAGGCAGUGGACGAUGUGUGCACAAGCCUCCCCAGUCAGCCUUCAAAGCUCCAGUCAGAGCCCUGCCCACCCACUGGCGUCUCCAGCUUCAUGAACUGCUUCUCUAACAUCGCCGUGGUCUCGUGGACCGACUCGGCCGGGGCAGACUUCUACACCGCCACGGUGACGCAGGAAGACGGCCAGACGCUAAGCUGCUGGUCUGACAGCGCGCGGUGCGGCAUGCCCAACGUCCACUGUGGACAGAACUACACGGUGACGGUCGUCGCCUCGAACCAGAUGUGUAACUCUGACCCCAGUGAGGCCGACACACUGCUGUCAGUGCCUUGUGUUCCCACUGAUGUGGAUGUGGCGAUAGACUGCUCUAACAAUCAGGCUCUCGUCUCCUGGAGUGCCAGCGAGGGCGCUCUGUACUACAAAGUGAUGGCUAGGAGCACAGAUGGAGACAUGUCCUUCUGCGAGAGUACAAGCGUAAUGUGCACCUUGACCAACGUGACCUGUGGGCAGAACUACUCUGUCCAGGUGGUGGCGGAGGAUAACAUCUGCUCAAGUCUACCAAGCCCAGUUACAAAGUUCAAAUCAGUUCCCUGCACACCCGACAUUGGCACAGUGGUUCUGGACUGCUUCACCGACUCAUUCCUCUUGGACUGGUCCUACGCCAAGGGCGCCCUGAUCUACACCGCAACGGCCUGGUCCUCGAGCGGCUAUGUUUCCACCUGCAACACCAACUUCACCAACUGCGAGCUGAAGAACCUGCAGUGUGGUCAGACCUAUAAUGUGACCACUGUGGCCUCUGAUGAGGAGUGCAGCAGCCCUCCAAGCACCUCGUUGCAGGUGGAUUCAGUGCCUUGUCCUCCUGAAGACGUUGUGUCCGUAGUGAACUGCUCUACCAACACGGCCCUUGUGGAGUGGCAGCCCAGCAUAGGGGCCGAUUUCUACAUUGUCCAAGCUUUCGGUGUGGAAGAAGACAAAUCUAGCUGCGAGACAGUCUCCCAGUCCUGCGUCCUCCCAGACCUCAUGUGUGGCUUCACCUACAACAUCAGUGUGAUUGCCGUCAACAGCGUGUGCAACGUCUCGCGGAGUAACGUGACACAGCUGCAAGCAGUUCCCUGUGUGCCGCAGCAGGUGGAGGCCCGGGUGGUUUGUGAGUCUGGCGCAGUGGCGGUCUCCUGGGAGCCCAGCAAAGGGGCAAUGUGGUACACCACAGUUGCCCAGGGUAACGGUGGCUAUGCGUCAGUGUGCGUAAGCAAUGAAUCAACAUGCCUGUUAGAUGACUUGAUGUGCGGCCACAACUACUCCAUCACUGUCAGUGCUUCAGAUAAGACGUGUAGCAGCGCUGAAAGCUCUGCUGUGGAGCUCAACACAGUGGCGUGCGUGCCACAGAAUGUAACAGCAGAGAUGGUGUGCAGUAAUGACACAGGCGUUGUGUCAUGGGAAGAGGGAGAGGGUGUGUCCUCCUACGAGGUGCGAGCUUUUGGGCCCGAUGGUCAAAAGAUUCAGUGUAACAGCACCGCAACCAGUUGCCAGCUACCCAACAUGCAUUGCGGCCAGCUCUACAACCUGACAGUGACAGCUCAGGAUGGACAAUGUGACAACAGCCACGCCUACCUCAACCUGCAGUCAGUUCCUUGCAGGCCGACCAACGUCAAGGCUGACCUAUGGUGCUACUCAAACUCCGCUGCAGUGACGUGGGAGCCAGCCAGCGGAGCGCUCUCCUAUCACGCGGUGGGUGUUACAGCAGACGGAAGCCACCAGUCUGAAUGUAACAACACCAUGACCUACUGUGACCUGACCGACCUGCAGUGUGGGCAGACCUACAAUGUGAGCGUGUUCGGCCGGGAUGAGGCCUGCUCCAGUGUAGAGAGUGACAAGGCAUACGUGCGGACAGCACCUUGUACACCCCAGAAUGUGACUGUUGAUGCACAGUGUGAUGAUGAGGCCAUGACUGUGUCCUGGUCCCCCAACCCCGACGCCCAGUACUUCCAUGUGGCGGCAGUGGGCAACCACGGGGCGAGACUCUACUGUAACUCCAGCGGCACUGCCUGCACCCUGAGCGAUCUACCGUGUGGACAGCACUACAACGUCACUGUGCAGUCUGUGAGAGAUGACUGUGAGAGUAAGCCCAGUGCAGUGGUAGAGACUUCCUCAGCUCCAUGUGUGCCCAUGAACCCUAAGGGCCGUCUGGAUUGCGUAUCAAACGAUGCCUGGGUGACGUGGGACCUCGCAGCAGGAGCCCUCGGCUACUAUGUGAUGGCCCAAGGGGUCGGAGGUCACAACUCCAGCUGCAGAACCACCUCCUCUCCCUGUAAUGUCCCAGAUCUGAAAUGUGGGACUCUCUACACCUUCCACGUCACUGCCUUCAACAAUCACUGCUACAGUAAUCACAGCACCACCUUUGAGCUUGAGACAGGUCCUUGCGCUCUAACGUCCAUUAGUGCAGAGAUCCAAUGCAACAGCGACACGAUCCUGGUUGAAUGGGAGAUGAUGGAUGACACGCCGCUCUACCUGGUGACCGCUGAGGGCCACGACCAAAGCUUCACUUACUGUAACAGCUCUUCCAACUCGUGUGUACUCGAGGAUAUCGAGUGUGGCAUGCAUUAUAGCAUCAUUGUAUCAGUGUCUUCUGAUAAGUGCAGCAGCCUCAGAAGCCCACCGAAGAAGCUCAAAACAGCGCCCUGUGCCCCAGUCAAUGUGACAGUGGUAGCAUCAUGUGAGGAGAAUGGAGCCACAGUGACGUGGGGACACUCCCCUGUGGCUACAUCCCACCUAGUGACCGCCACAGGGAUGGAUGGACAUGUUGUGAACCAUAACACCUCAGUGAAUAACUGCACCCUGGCUGACCUGCACUGCGGACAGCCGUACAACUUAAGCAUCACCGCCCUUGGAGACAACUGCACCAGCCCGCCCAGCAAUUCGACCUUCAGAACAGUGCCCUGUGAGCCCUCCGGUCUCGCAGUGGAUAUUGAUUGUGAGACCAACUCUGCCGUGCUGUCUUGGGGUCCCAGUGAGGGCGCUGUGGAGUAUUUCGGCUGCGCCCAACCUAUGCACGGAGACGCGCUCUACUGUGACAGCGCCGACACCUUCUGCACCAUCGAAGGCCUAGAAUGUGGCGACAUUUACAAUUUCUCUGUUGAAGCCUCGGACGGCGUCUGCAACAGCUCGUUCAGUGCACCUCUGCAGGCGGGAGCAGCUCCAUGCGCUCCGACUGCUCUGAAUGUUCGAAUGCAGAAGAUAGGCCAAGCUCACUGGGCCCUGAUUUCGUGGGACAGGGUCAACUGUCCCGAUGUUGAGUACCUUGUGGAGAUAGUCGGUCGAAUCCAAGACAGCCCACGGGCUCUGAUGAACGUCUCUUCUUACUGGUUGCCCAUGACGUUCUUUGACUUCCCGAUGCCUUGCAGCACAGCGUAUAACAUCACAGUACGCUCCAGAAACUCAGCCGGGGUCAGCGAGCCAUCCAGUGCCUUGACUGGAGUCUCAGUCCCCUGUGCUCCGCAGAAUGUGGUGUACACUGGUGACACAGAGUCUGCUGUGCUCUCCUGGGAUGCGUCAGUGUUUGCCACGGAGUACAGUGUCUACAAUGUGUCGGAGGCAGACCGUGUUGAGCUUUGCAGCACCACCACCGAGCUCAGCUGCCAGCUGACCGACUUCGAUCCUGACGCCACUGAAGUGACAGCCAGCAAUGCAGAGGGAGAGAGCAACCCUAACCGAGACAUUAUAGGUCCAAUAGGAGCUCGCAGAAGAAGAGAUUUGCGGGCCAGUAUAUUCAAUGCCAGUUUGGACCAAGAUCUUGAAAUCCCAAAAGUGCUGACUGUAAAUGUAAGUGGAGUUUCCUUGUAUCUGGAUUGGACGAAAGUGAAGGAUGCAACAGAGUACACAGUCGUGAUUCAGGAGAAACCCAAGACCAAUCGGCCACCUAGAGUGAUAAACGUGGAAGGAGAUUCUUACAAAGAGACUGACCUCAAGCCGUGGACCACCUACUGCAUCAGGCUGGCAGCCAAAAACACCAUCACCCAAAGCAACUACUCCAGGCCAAAGUGUAGAACCACUGGUGCCUCCUAAUGAAACACCACAGAUCCACUUACAUAGACACUGGACUCAGCAGAAACACCAUCAUAAGGGUUAUAUGUUUGUUUCCUUCACUCUGUAGCAUUCAUAACACAAUUGUUAACCGUUCAAUCUCUAAGAACUUUAGCAGGAAAAUUGUAAAAAGAAAAUAAUUACAACUACAAAACUACAACAAAAUUCUUCUGUUUGGGGUUCGUCUUGCAUGUCACAAUUAAAUUAUGAUCAAACCUGAGGUGAACCUUUUAGAUUUGAAUGCUUAUGAAUCUUUGUUAGCAAUAGUUUAUAUACAUUUUCAUCAUUACGGCUGGUAUCGUAGCAGCAUGUGGCAUUAAUAGCUGUCUAAAAGAAUAUUGCUGAAAUUCUAUUUAUCAAAAAUGGUUUUAUUUUCGAGAUAUAGGUUAUUAGAUUCUCUGGAUGAUUGUUAAACUAAAAAAAAAGUAGUGUAAACAAAUAAACUGAUAAUUUAUCAAGCAAUACUUUUAAAACCAUGCUGUAUAUUUUCUUUAUGAUGUACUAUGUGACUUCUCAUUUUGUGAACACUUUGGCAGAUCUUUUUUUAACAAUCCCGGAGAUGAAGGAAUAAAAAAAAUCAGUGAAACAUUAAAA